GAGUAGCUUUCUGAGGGCAGCAGUGAAAGAGAAAGCAAUGAUGGAACCCAAACUCUUGAGAAAAAAUGCCCAGACACAGCAGAGAGUGAGGUAAAGAAAGUGAAAAGAGAAUUGGGAAGCAAGAGGAGGGAAUUCAGAAAGGGGAAACUUGUGUUUGCCCCUAUUUAAGAUCGAUGCACACAGCAGGCUUGUCAGACAACCUAGAGGAGAAGACUCAAACACACAGCCCAGAGAGCCAUCAGCAUCUGCAAGACCCACAAUGGCCAGGCUCUGUGCUUUCCUCAUGAUCCUGAUAGUGAUGAGCUACUGGUCAACCUGCUCUCUAGGAUGUGACCUGCCUCAGACUCAGAACCGCAAGAACUUGAAACUUCUGAAACAGAUGAGGAGCCUCUCCCCUUUUGCCUGCCUGAAGGGCAGGAAGGACUUUGGAUUCCCCUUGGAGAAGGUGGAUACCCAGCAGAUCCAGAAGGCUCAAGCCAUCCCUUUACUGCAAAAGCUGACUCAACAGAUCUUGAACCUCUUGUGCCGAGACGACUCAUCUGCUCCUUGGAAUGCAACUCUCCUAGACUCAUUCUGCAAUAGCCUCAAUGAGCAGGUCAAGGACCUCAAAGACUGUGUGCAGCAGUUGGGGGUGCAGGAACCUCCCCUGACUCAGGAAGAUCCCAUGAUGACUGUGAAGAAAUACUUCGAAAGGAUCACUCUGUACCUGAGAGAGAAGAAACACAGUCCCUGUGCCUGGGAGGUGGUCAGAGUAGAAGUCUCGAGAGCCCUGUCUUCCUCAAAGCAGUUACUGGGAAGACUAAGUGAGGAGGAGUGAGUCCUGAGACAAAGUGGAGAGGACAUCCCCUGGACUAGAACUCUGCAUCUCACAGUAUAAGCUCUCUUUCAAAACUCUCAUUACUUUCAGUAUGAAUACAAUCAA